AUGGGCCAGCCGUGCUUAAAGAUGGUCGACAACGCCGCAAAGCUAAACGCCAACAGCAUCAAGUUUGUGCCCACGGUGCACUACUACGGAUCUGACAGCAAGAUUGACCGCUUCUGCUACAGCUGCAUCAAGUAUGCGGUCGACACUUACAACGUCGAUGUGGCCAUCCUGGCGCACCUGGACAACAUGAAGGAGUACACCUGGCGCAACCUGCUGCAGGCAAGCCCUGGCGCGCCCCCGCAACGGCAGGCGGCAGCCCUGCCCGCCCCCCUGCUGCACGUUGCCGGCCGUGCUGUCCUUUUCUGA